CGUCUGAGGGCGGAGGCGGCGGCAGAGCCGGCGAAGCGGCCGUGGUUGCCGGGGGCAGUUGGCGUCGGGCCGCGCUGCUCGCCCUCCCUCCCUCCCCUUCUGCCGCUCUUCCUUUCCCGCAGCGCGCUCGGGGGCACCCGGGGCAGAGAGCGAGGAGAGAAGACGUGAUCCCGGCGGCAUGAACCGGCCUCACCGCGGGGCUCCGGGCAGCCGGGGCCUGGGCACUAUGGAGGUGAAGAGCAAGUUUGGAGCUGAAUUCCGACGGUUUUCUCUGGAGAGAUCCAAACCUGGCAAGUUUGAGGAGUUCUAUGGAUUAUUGCAGCAUGUGCACAAGAUACCAAACGUUGAUGUUCUGGUGGGAUAUACGGACAUUCAUGGAGACCUGCUGCCUAUCAAUAAUGAUGACAAUUAUCAUAAAGCAGUUUCCACGGCCAAUCCUCUACUCAGGAUUUUCAUUCAGAGGAAAGAAGAUGCAGACUACAGUGCCUUUGGUACGGAUACUAUGACACGGAAGAAAAAUGUCUUAUCAAAUGUGUUACGUCCAGAUAAUCACAAGAAGAAGCCACACAUUGUCAUUAGCAUGCCACAAGACUUCAGACCGGUGUCUUCUAUUAUAGAUGUAGAUAUUCUUCCAGAAACCCAUCGUAGGGUACGACUUUACAAAUACGGAACUGACAAACCCCUUGGAUUCUAUAUACGAGACGGCUCUAGUGUCAGAGUAACACCACAUGGAUUAGAGAAAGUUCCCGGGAUUUUCAUAUCCAGGCUUGUCCCUGGAGGUCUGGCUCAAAGCACAGGCUUGCUGGCUGUCAAUGAUGAAGUACUGGAGGUGAAUGGAAUCGAGGUUUCAGGAAAAAGCCUUGAUCAGGUUACAGACAUGAUGAUUGCAAACAGCCGUAACCUGAUCAUUACGGUAAGACCGGCAAACCAGAGAAAUAACGUUGUGAGGAACAGUCGGACUUCUGGCAGCUCCGGUCAGUCUACUGAAUCGAGCCUUCCGAGCAGCACGCCAAAUAUUUUAGCAAACUUCUUGCAAGGAGAAGAGGAGAGCGAUGAAGAGGACAUUAUUAUUGAAGACAGUGGUGAACCACAGCAGAUUCCGAAAGCCGCACCUGCCAGCGAAAGCCUGGAAUCGUUGACGCAAAUUGAACUCCAUGAGUCAACACAAAAUGGAUUUCUUCCUUCCGCUGAGAUGAACUUGAAUCAUUCGGCAGGCAGCAUCAGCAUGGAACAUGAAGUACAAGAUCCAGAUCAUAAGUCAUUAGAAGAGGAUGGAACUAUAAUAACGCUAUGAAGUGACUUUGUAUGAAGUAAGGAUGCCAUACAUGGUUGAAUUUGGCUUAAUAUGUAAUACAUUUUAUACCUCUCCAUCUACCGAGCACUGCAGUUAGAUUAAAAGGAGGGAAAAAAAGUAAAUGCAGGAAGUUCAAAAUUUUGGAAGUUGACUAACUUUGGUUAAUUCUGCACUUCAGUGUAAAUAUUUCACAAAGAGAGAAGAUAACUGAUAAACGACUGGAACUGGAUGAGGGAAAUUUAAACUGAAAAUGAAGGAUAGCUAAGAGAUGGCUGUGAGCUUUCUUUUAAAGGUACUUGAUUAUUUUGUUUUUAAUGCAGAAUACUACUGGUUUUAUAGAAGUAAACUUCCAUUAUUGUGCAAGGUUGAUUAUCUAAUGUGCUGUGGUCUCAUGUUCAUCUGAAGUGCUGCUUACAUAUGACGGAGCUGCUUUAGCCACUUCAUUCCUGUUCCGGACUGUUAUUUAGCUGGCAAAGCUCUGUGUGGGAGGAAACCGAAAAACAAACAGGAGGUGGGGUGGGAAGAGAUGUUCUUGGUUGGCGUAGUUGAGCAAGAGGGAUGUGUGAUAGUGGUCAGCACCUUGACAACGGUCAGGAUUUGAAGGCAGGGGCUUCUGAAGUUGGGUGUUCCAUUGAAUGUGCAACCGCAGCCUCGUUAGUCGUGCACCUUUGCUGUUUUUAACGGCCAGGUAAGUUUACUUUUAAUGACUAUGAUGUUGAAAUCCAAAUGUGAAAGUCUUAACACUUACGUAUCAAAGACCUGUUCUCAUCUUAGUUUGCAAUAUUUAAGAAUAUUCUUUGAUUUAGUUGCUAAUCCCAGUAAAUUUCAAAGAAAUCAAAUGUAAACUUAAUGCUAUGGAAAUGACAUAACACAAUCUAAGUUAAAAUUGCAGUCCUGGUAGAAGUUUAAAGGUUUCUACUAGCAAAGGUUUGUUGUAGCGAGUCUGAAUUAUGUAAAAAGCGGUUCUCUUCAAACCUGAACAAGCUAGGAGACCUUAAAUUAAGUGAAAUCCCUGGAUUAAAAAAAAAUGUUGUAAAUCAGAAUGAGGCUUUGAUAGAACUUGCUUGAGCCGUGUGAUAUUAAAUUAUUCAGUAUAAUUAAGUGAACUGUAAAUGCUGAUCUGCGUACCGCUGGCUGGGCGUUUUGAAUAUUACAAAGUUGCUGUAUGUAAAACAAAAUACCGAUGACAAGUCCUGAUGCUGCAAACGCAUAAGUAUGCAUAUAAUCAGCUGCAAGCUUCCUAGGAGAAUUGCAGGGAGAGGCUUCUGGCAUUGUUUUUCCCCUUUCCCAUUUUAGUAUCUCCUGCAUGACCACUUGGGCACUCGGGUCCCAACCUGACUCUUCUCUGGGAACAUCAGUUGUGGCAGGAGAAUGAGAUGGGGACUGAACAGGGCUGGGGAGAAGGAUGGACGGAGCAUCUCGCCAGGGCUCCAGCAGCCUGUGCCAGCUGCUGGGAGAGAAGCGGGAUGCCGCCAGGGCUGUGCUGUGGUCUUGUCCUUGUCCUUGCCAGAGCCAGGAGUCGAGGUUCUUCAAGUGUGUUCUACCCUGUGGGGAGAUAGGAUGAGUGGGAAAAGAGACAAACCCCUUUCUUUCUGUCCCUCCGUCUGUCUUAGGGAAACAUCUACCUCUGGUAACUUUACUAACAAGACACUAACUGUAAGUUUAAUGUUAAGGCAUCUGUAAAAGUCUUUAUGGGAUAUCAGAGGCUAAAACUGAAUUUAAGACUUUUGUAAUGAUAUAGACAUCAGAAAUUACUGCUGCUUAAUUUUACUAAAUGUAAAUUUCAAAUUUGUAUCUCAAGAGCAGUAAUAUAUUCGAGCCUUCAGUGCCAUUGGAGUUCGAGUCUGGUAGAUGUCAAGGAAGGUUGGAUUCGUGCCCUUUUUGAUUUAUGGAGAGUUGACAUAACAGACAACGGUACUCUGUAAAUACAGGUUAGAGUUCUGCUUCAUUGGAUUUAUUUAUGGUUUCUUCAGUGCGCAUAUGGAAAGGCCCUGGAAUCUUUUCCAACACAAGCAAGAAUUUUGAAGUGUUUUACUUAUUUUGCUAAUAAUUAUUAAAAAAUUAAGUAACUACAUCCUCAGUGUGAAAUGAGGAGAAUUAAAUGUUCAUUUUGCAAUGUAGGCUUUAAAUAUACGUUUUCUGGCCAUGCUGCUCUAUACUUCCUUUAUUCAAGGAAGCUUGUUUACCUUAAAAUGUCUUUUUUUUUUUCCUUUAUCAAAAUAUUUUCCUUCCUGUAUGAGAUCAUCAGUGGAGGGUGACUUUUCGUUUAUUAUGCUAGUUUGCACUUCUGUGCCUUUUUUUUUUACUUGAAUGUAUUGUGAAUAAUGUAAGGAAUAAAGAUGAAGGCACUUGGAUGAGAAGAGAAAGGAGGCCCACAGAUACAGAAGAUGAACUGCUAGCGCACUUAAAACAGUGUAAUGUUUUCAGUGGAAAUACACGAUGGGUCUAAUGCGGUGCAUUAGUAUUUUGCAGCUUGGAUAAUGGCCCUGAGCUAUUAACUUACACAGGAGGGUGGAGUCUGAGCGUGCUGGCGUUGCGAGGUAACGGAUGGCGCAGGUACAACGGCCAGGUUAGCCAGCUGCCAAACUCCCUGUGUUACCCAAUCUGUACUUAUCACAGAUGCAUGAAUAUUUUGAAUAUAUAUGCCAGUAUUAAGGACUUGUAGAAAUUUACCUAGGGUCCUACUCCAAAUUGCAUGAGAAUUAAUCUCUUAGGACCUUUCCUGCAAACUGAUUAAUCUAAAUGCGGGGUAAUAUUCUUUUUGACUCAUACCAUGAUCUGUUUUCAAGAAAUUUGAUGAUAUAUAGUAAAACUAAGAAUUUGGGACUUGAUAAAAACUUUAAAGCAUAACAUAAAAAUGGGAUUUUAAAAGUGUGUAUUUACAGUUACAGUGACAGACUGCACAGCAUGUAAUUGCUCAAUGCUGCAGUUACCACAAAAUAUCUAAAGUUCUUCCAUAUCUUACUAAUACAUACACUGUUAAUUACAAAAUAUUGUAAAUUGUUGCUUCAGGAUGAUCAACGGUUGAUUAUGAGUGGCUAAACUUAAUUUUAUAUAUAAAUGGUACUGGGGUUCAGUAUAUGUUUUUUAAAAUAUGCUGGUAUUGUUAGCCUUUCAUUCACUACCUCCUAAAUUUUUAACACCUUUACAAUUUUCUCCUUGGAAGAAAAUACUUAAAGGCUUGACUGUUUUAUAUCGAUUUUAUCUUUAGAAAGAAGAAAAAAUCCAAAAGUGAUAGGAUGCUAUGCAUGAUUGACAAUAUUACGCUGCUAUUAAUGUAAUCUUUGUGUAUUAAGUAUCCUGUGUAUGUAAAUUGUAUUUCCAAUCCAGAUUUUUAUAAAUUAAUUUAUAAAUAUCCAAAUUAUUUCCAAAUGGAAUGGACAACUGAAAUUCCUUUGACUAGUGUUAUAUGUUGUGUACAUGCACAAUGGGGGGACAAGUCAUUCCUUACUUGGGACUGGGAGAUUUAAGUGCACCUUAAUAGGAAAAAGAACAAAUUCUUGAUAGAAUUAAGAUGCAUUUACUUGGAAGUUCUGCUAUGGUACUGGAUAAGUCAAGCCUAACUGUGAAUCAUAUGUGUUUUUCCACAGCUGAAUUAAAUUUAGGACAAUGUUCUCACAAGCUGUCUUUAACAUAUGUGUAUUUUUGUGAAUAUUAUGUAUUUUCUAAUUAAAUUUUACUUGCAAUGUGAUUUUUACAUGAAUGAACUUGUUUAAAAUGUCAAAUAUCAGUAUUUUUCUUACAACUUCAAUGUAUAAUGUACAUUGGUAUCUCACUGAAUGAAGACUGAUUUUACAAAAUCAAGCUAGUUGUAGUUGUAUAUUAGUCUUAUAUUUUUACAGACUGGAAUAAUAAACAGAAAUAGAAAUAAAA